UUCCGGCGGGUGACGGUGCGGACGGGUCAGGAGCGUAGAGGCGGCGGCAAAAUGGCGGCGCCUGAGGAGCAGGAUCUAACUCAGGAGCAGACCGAGAAGCUGCUGCAGUUUCAGGAUCUGACUGGCAUAGAGUCCAUGGAGCAGUGUCGCCUUGCCUUGGAGCAACAUAACUGGAACAUGGAGGCUGCUGUCCAGGACAGACUGAACGAGCAGGAAGGUGUACCAAGUGUUUUUAAUCCACCGCCAGCUCGGCCCCUACAGGUUAAUACAGCUGACCACAGGAUCUACAGCUAUGUUGUCUCAAGACCACAACCAAGGGGCCUGCUUGGAUGGGGUUAUUACUUGAUAAUGCUUCCAUUCCGGUUUACCUAUUACACGAUACUUGAUAUAUUUAGGUUUGCUCUUCGUUUUAUACGGCCUGACCCUCGCAGCCGGGUCACUGACCCUGUUGGGGACAUUGUUUCAUUUAUGCACUCUUUUGAAGAGAAAUAUGGGAGGGCACACCCUGUCUUCUACCAGGGAACGUACAGCCAGGCACUUAACGAUGCCAAGCGGGAACUUCGGUUUCUUUUGGUUUAUCUUCAUGGAGAUGACCACCAGGACUCUGAUGAGUUCUGCCGCAAUGCUCUCUGCGCACCUGAGGUCAUCUCACUGAUAAACAGCAGGAUGCUUUUUUGGGCUUGUUCUACAAACAAGCCUGAGGGGUACAGGGUGUCCCAGGCCUUACGAGAGAACACCUAUCCAUUCCUGGCUAUGAUUAUGUUGAAGGAUCGGCGAAUGACUGUGGUUGGAAGGCUAGAAGGCCUCAUUCAACCUGAUGACCUCAUCAACCAGCUGACAUUCAUCAUGGAUGCAAACCAGACUUACCUGGUGUCAGAACGUCUAGAAAGGGAAGAAAGGAACCAAACCCAGGUGCUGAGACAACAGCAGGAUGAAGCCUACCUGGCUUCUCUCAGGGCAGAUCAGGAGAAAGAGAGGAAGAAGAGGGAGGAGAAAGAGCGGAAACGCCGGAAGGAGGAGGAGGUGCAGCAGCAGAAGCUGGCGGAGGAGCGAAGGCGACAGAACUUGCAGGAGGAAAAGGAGAGGAAGCUGGAAUGCCUGCCCCCUGAGCCCUCCCCUGAUGAUCCUGAAAGUGUCAAGAUCAUCUUCAAGUUACCCAAUGAUUCCAGAGUAGAGAGACGAUUCCACUUCUCACAGUCUCUAACAGUCAUCCAUGACUUCUUAUUCUCCUUGAAGGAAAGCCCUGAAAAGUUUCAGAUUGAAGCCAAUUUUCCAAGACGGGUACUUCCCUGUGUCCCUUCAGAGGAAUGGCCCAACCCCCCCACACUGCAGGAGGCGGGACUCAGCCACACAGAAGUUCUCUUUGUUCAGGACCUGACAGACGAAUGACACUUUACUGCCUCCUUUCUCCCACCCCAAUCCCUAAAAGAAACGGAAAAACAAAAACAGAGAACAAGAGAUAAAUUCAUAUUAUUAUUAUAAUACAAUAUUUUUUUUAAAAACACUGCUGCAUCCUAUGGAAGGAUCAGAAACCAUGCUGCCUGCAAGAGUCACAACCUGCGUGCAUCCGUGUGCAAAAGGUUAGCAGUGAGCACUGCCUGCUUGGCAGACAGCAGACUCGCCUUCCCACAGUGAAGAGACAGCGGCCCUUGUGGGGAAGGAGACAUUCCCACUGUUCGCAGUCAUUCUUGCUUUUGUAGAACGUACAAAUGAAACCCUCCAGCAGCAGCUCCUGAGGACCUGUUCCUCCCACUUCUGGAGGAAGGGAGGAGAGCCCGGAACAGACUGCCCACAGUUUAUGAAUAACUUUGUUUCUGUUUGCUUUGUAAUGAUAAUGACCAAAGGAAUGAGGCUGACUUAGGUGUAUUUUUUUCCUUAGAUUUGAUAAAGAGCCGAUGCCCUGGGCUCCAGGGCUCCAAGGCGGUGUAAUAAAGGUGCCCUGGGCUCAUUUGCGCAUCCUUUGCCACUGUUCCUCUCCAGGUGGUCCCAGAGAGGUCAUUUGGUUUGGUACAGUUUUGCCACCUGUGUAUCCCAUUUGGAGGAAGUCUCGGAUUGUGACCCACAAAAGGCUGUGUGUGGGUGUGUGCUCACCUUUACACACGAGUACAGCUUUUCUUUGGCAUCUGUACCAGGUGGUGGUAAAGGGGUCUGAACCAAAGGCUUGUAGCUCCUGGUUCCCCUCUGGCUGCACUGCUGCUCUUCCCAGCUCCCCUCACUUGACAAGCUUGGUGCCUUCCAGAGGACUAGCGGCCCCUUCCCGGGCUCACCACUCCACCUGUGGAUGCUAGGCCUGUUUCAGUGCAAGUGUGAUAACAGUGUCUAAGGAUAGCCCCAUUGCAGGCAUGGCGGUGCACUGAGAGGCAGAGGCAGCAGAUAUCUGAAUUCCAGGCCAGCCUGGUCUACAGAGUGAGACCCUGUCUCAAAGUAAAUUUUGAGCCAGGAACUUUGAAAGAGAAAUUGGCCUCCCAGCCCAUGUGUGUUGGAAAGCGCAUUCCGUGGUACCGGAGACAGUUUGCAGCCUUGCUCUUGCCGUGGUGAAGCAGCAGGAGCCCUUUCCCCCCUCNAAAUGUCUCAUCUGUGACUGAAUGUUUGGUAGUGGAUAUGUGGUUGAGCCACGUACUGCCACAUGCCAGUGCGUGCUGAUAAGUAUUCCAGUGUGGACUAGCUCAGCUGGUACAGGCUUGGCACACUGCAGCUCUCUGAAGUUACCGNANUCACUAGGAGACGGUGGGCAUUCCAGUCGAGAGAAAGCAUAGUUUGUGUUGGUCACCUCCAAGAGCCCUCUAAAGCCACUGCUCUCUAAUAGUCCUGUGCUUCUGUCCUCUGCUGCUUUCCAUUGUUAGAGGGAGCAUGGUGAGGACGGAAGGCUCGUGAAGCUAUUCAGAAAACCCAUGACUAUCCCCGAGGCCCUAGCAUAGGGCCNUAAAUUCUACCUUGGGAAAUGUUAGCACUGCUAGGUCUGCUGGCACUACAGUGAGGUUGAGAGGACCCUCAGAUGAAGUCUGUCUUGCUGACAGUGAUGCAGAGGGACUUCCCCACUCCCAGAGCCUCCCUCCCAGAUUGUAGUCCCUGCCUGUCUGUCUUCCUGGCACAUGGGCAUGUGGACUGUGAACAUGUCUUGUUCACAGCUGCUUGGAGAAAUUCUGAUUUCUCCCUCUUAAUCUCUUACUGUAAUGUGUACCUUUUAAUUUUAUGCCCUUUGCCUUUUGAUAACUGCAAAAGGAUACUAGAUGCCAGACUAAUAAAGAUAGGGUCCCCUGUUGCUACAACUCUUGAGGGCAGCCUGUUGAUGUCCUGGAGGCUUGUGCUGAAAUACCUACCCAGCUCUCGUCAUCUGCUCCCUCCUUUAGUUUUGAGAGAGGUUCUGAUGGUCCAAAGUGGCCUUAAACUCUCCACACCCAAGGCUGGCCUUGAACUCCGCUCCUGAUUCCUGUGGUAGGCAUGUGGGUGUGCACCACUGUGUAGGCUCGCCAGUAGCUGUGAAACACUUCAGUUUUCUUGCUGUACCUAGAUCUGCUGUCUGGGUGCCAUUUCUCCCUGGGCGAGCUGUGGACUUCACAUUUUGUCCCUGAGGCCAAUUCAGUCUGUGACUCCCAAAGACCAAUGAGCUUGAAGACACCUGUGACCAUUUGCUAUUGCUUAAAUUGCUUCCAAAAUAUUCUGCCAGGUGUUCCAAAGUCAAGUCAUGAACAAUGGAAGGAUUUUUUUCCAGUUCUGCCCCUCAGUCCCCUCUGAAGUGGCCUCAGCUGAAUGACCAUGGGGGUGACCAAGCAACCAUACCUGAGUAAGUUUUACAGCCUCAGUCUGGUCUUUUCUUCCUCUGCAGAAUCUUCUGUGGCAGAUAGGUUUUGUGGGGGGUUGUUUUUGUUCUGUUUUUCUCCUUGCUUGCUUCCACUAUGACAGAAGAGAAGGCAAGAGAAUUCCUGUUUCUUUUAAAACUUAAAAAAAAAAAAAUUAACUAGAAUUUCCAACUGAUCAGUUAUUAUGAAAAUUGCUAAUGGUGCCAAGGCCAACGAAAGAAUGUCGGAAGGUGACCGAGAAGGAGCAGUAGCCCCCAGAGCACAUAAUCAGAGGGUGUCACCUGGCGCUGAACAGGGACUGCCACCUUACAACUGGUUGGCUUUUCUGUUUCUCUCGGGGGAAGUUUUGUCUCGUGAAGAACGCAGCAACAAAACAUGCAUCCACAAGAGAUGCAGUGCCCCUCCUGUACUGCACCUGAGUAGUUAAUAAUUUCCUGAAAAAAUCUAGUGUACUUUAAAUUUUUUCAUAAAGGUUUACAUUGUAUUGUAGGUUAACAUUAAACAUUUUAUAACAAAAAA